ACAAAUAUUAUAUAUAAUAUAUAUAUCGUUAUAGACAAACAAAAAUACAGCUAAAUUAUAAAUGAAAUUAGCAAAUGUGAAAUUUAAACAUAAUAGGAUAAUCCUAAUCAAAAGUAUUAGAGAGAUAUAAGCGUUGUUUAUAAUUUAUAUUUGCAAGAAAGAGUCUAGGUGUACAGUUACAAAAAAAAAAAAGAGUUUAGGUGUAUCUAAGUUGGAAAAGGAAAGAAAGAGAGAAAUAUAUUCCAAACAGUUACUGGAAUAAUAAACUCAGCUUAAUGAAAAUCAAACACAAGCCUAACUAGAAAAGGAUUCGAGAGAUUUCUGAAAAAGGAAAAAGAAAACAUGCAUACAUAUCACAAACGGGAUUAUAAUCAUCAUCUUUAAUGAAGUCGAAGUAAAAUCCGUAAGCGGCAAGGAUUAGGUUCCGUAAAAGGUGUUAUAAAAAGAGAGUUAGGGUCUUGUUUUUUCUUACUCAAAUACUUAUCAUCAAAGUUCUCAGAUAAUUCUACUAAUAAUGGCGACAACAACAAGAAUGUUCUGCUUCAUGCUCGCGAUGGUUCUAAUGGGAUGUUGUUGCUCGGCAAAAAUCUACAAAGUGGGAGACUCGAAGGGAUGGAUGAUAGCGAAGCACGGUAGCUAUUAUGAAUGGACUAAGCGUAAGGAAUUCCAGGUGGGGGAUUCUCUGAUGUUUGAAUACGAUGGCAACGUCAACGAUGUCACUCAAGUUUCCAGUCGUUUGGAAUACCAAUUCUGCAACUCUCUUUCUCCUAAAGCUUUCUACAACACAGGGCAUGAUGUCGUGACACUCACGGAACCAGGUUAUCACUUCUUCAUCACCUCAAAUCGUUCUCAAUGCUUAGCCGGACAGAAACUCGUCGUUUAUGUCGUCCAUGACCAUCCGAUGAUUCCUCCACCACCACCACCGAGAAAGAUCCUUCCUUUCGGGAAAGAUUACAAGGUCGGUGACUCCAACGAAUGGAGGGUUCCUGAAGAGAGUGACUUCUAUUCCAAGUGGAGUGAGGAGAAACAGUUUCAUGUGGGAGACAAUCUUCUUUUCUACUACAACGACCAAGUCGAUGACGUCCUAGAAAUCAACAGUGAUCUUGAGUUCAAAUCUUGCGACACUACUUCUCCUGUUGCCGUGCACAAUGCUGGACAAGAUCUCAUAAGGCUAACGAAACCAGGAAUCCGCUAUUUUAUUACCUCAAAGAUUGGUCAUUGUGAGGCUGGGCUUAAGCUUCGAGUUGUGGUGCGACCACUAUCCAAAAGUGUUCCGAAGAAGAUGCAGUUGUCACCUUUCGACCGUCUCAUCAAGUGGCUACAUGAUUCCUUCACACCCCACCCCCAUCACUAAGAAAUUCAUUUCUCUUUUUUUGUUUUUUUUGAGCUUAUCCUCUCUUUUUUUUUGUGCACCGAGCUUAGCUUCUUAAGUGUUUUUCUUUCUCACUAGUUUUUGUUCUUUAGUUUAUUUUCCAAAUAGCGUGUGUUUCUAUAUUAAAUAUUAGUGUUUUCUUUAUCAGACGAGUCAAGAUGAUCCAUAAUCCGAUAUCUGCCAUAUCAGAUUCUCCAUCUUACCAUCACCAUCUUAGCAUCAUCGCCAUUGUUGUCAUUUUCAUGCUCGUAAUUCACAAGUUUGUUCUUUUGGACAUGUCUGAACUUGAUAACAAAGUAUUGAAUACGAACAUCAAACAAACUGGCGCAAAGCACGGGUACCCUGUAUUGAUUUAAAAGGAAGACAUUACACAAAGCACACACCUAAUAAACACAAAAACUCACCUCAUCGAACAACCCUAAUCUCUAGAGCUCCAAUAGCCCAUCUUUACUCCUCAGCUCUCGAUAAAGAGCACAUAAAGAUUCCUCCAUUACACAACAACAUUCCACCAAUACUUUGUUAUCAAGUUCACAUUGUUGUCAUUUUCAUGCUCGUAAUUCACAAGUUCGAUCGAAGAAAUCGGUUGGGCAAAUGUAAGGAUUGCGCUCUGCAUCUGUUCCAGAAUCUGAUUUAAUGGAGCUUGGCUCUGUAUUUUGAGCUCUGGCUGUGGAGGAAUUGGCAACAACCGCCAUCAGAACCCAACAAGCACCAUCUCCGGCGACUCUCGCAUCUCUCCUCUCAGUCACCAUAUCUUCAUCUUUAACCAACUCCGGCGACUCCUUUUCCCCCUCACCUUUCCUUCGGUCACUUUUCUCUCAGAUUUGUCAGCCUGUCACUUUCGAUCAUUAAAG